AUGACUAGCUACGCCUCAAUCCGCUCGCCGCCCAGCGACUCGUCGUCCCGUCCCAACAGCACCGCCAGCAUGUCGCGCCGUCCGCGCCGCAAAGAGAACCGUGUCCACGGCCACGCUUCCUGGACCAGCAGUGUCAUCAACCUGGUCAACACCAUAGUCGGUGCCGGCGUGCUGGCCAUGCCCUCGGCCCUGUCCAACAUGGGCAUCCUGCUCGGAAUCCUUGUCAUCGUCUGGUCUGGUCUCGCUUCAGGCUUCGGUCUCUACCUUCAAACAAGAUGCGCGAGAUACCUGGAUCGCGGCAAUGCCAGUUUCUUCGCUCUGAGCCAAAUCACAUACCCCAAUGCUGCCGUCAUCUUCGACGCUGCCAUUGCUAUCAAGUGUUUCGGUGUCGGCAUCAGUUAUCUUAUCAUCAUCGGUGAUCUCAUGCCCGGUGUCGUUCGUGGCUUCACAGACACUCCUGCGGCCGAAUAUCUGCUGGACAGACACUUCUGGAUUACUGCCUUCAUGCUUAUCGUUAUUCCUCUCUCCUUCCUCCGCAGACUUGAUUCUCUCAAGUAUACUAGCAUCAUUGCUCUCGUCUCUAUUGGCUAUCUUGUCGUGCUGGUGGUGUACCACUUCGCACAAGGCGAUGAUAUGGGUCUCAAGGGUGAUAUCAGUAUCGUGCCCGACAAGGGUAUCGUCCCCGUCCUGGCCAGUUUCCCCGUCAUCGUCUUUGCCUACACAUGUCAUCAGAAUAUGUUCUCCAUUCUCAACGAGAUCGAGGACAACAGCCCGUUCAGAACCACUUCUGUCGUCUUGGCCAGUAUCGGUAGCUCCGGCAGUAUCUAUCUGCUUGUCGCUAUUACUGGAUACCUAACAUUUGGUGACAACGUUGCCGGUAACAUUGUCGCUCAAUAUAUCCCUUCAGUGGCAUCGACGAUUGGUAAAGCAGCAAUCGUUGUGCUUGUCAUGUUCUCGUACCCUCUUCAAGUUCAUCCUUGCCGUGCGUCGGUUGAUGCAGUACUCAAGUGGCGCCCAGCUUCGCGUAAGCAGCCAGAAUACGCCUCUGUCAACGGCUCUCCCUCUCGCUCGAGCCUUUUGACCUCUGCGAACAACUCGCAGAAGGGUCGCGGCGAGAUGAGCGACAGACGCUUCGCGGUCAUUACUACAGCCAUCAUUAUCCUGAGCUACAUUGUAGCCAUGACUGUAUCAUCUCUGUCGGUGGUGCUAGCCUAUGUCGGCAGUACUGGAAGUACUUCGAUCAGUUUCAUUCUUCCAGGGCUCUUCUACUACAAGAUCUCAUCACCAGACUCGCCGCAUCACCAGCGAUUGCUCAAGGAGGACGAUGAUGAAGAGGCAGAGGGUGAUGGAGAAGCAGAAGCGGGUGGAUGGAACAGCGGAAGCAUUCUGCGCAAGGCCAGUCUGGGGCUGGCAAUCUACGGAUUGCUUGUCAUGGUGGUCUGCCUCAUCACCAACACGUUCUUUGUUGUUGCUCACUGA